AUGGGGGAUCGGUAUGGAAGGAGGAAGCUUAUGGCGUUAUCUUUAAUUGGAGUUGGAUUAUCUUUGGUAGAAAUCUUUGUUCCCAACGUUCUCCUCUGCAUCCCCGUCUUCCUCGUCGGAACUCUCAGAUACACAACCCUUAACCUCCUAAUCCAAUAUUCCUCCGUUCGUUUCAACACCAAGAUAUCUCAAGGAGCCAUGUUCUACACCGAAACAGCUGUUAUUAAUAUAUUUCUUUUUCUUUUCCUUCUCCCGAGGGUAACCGCUUUCAUACAAUCGAAAAAUUCUGUUAGGACGGAGAAAAUUGAUCUGGCACUUAUGAGGAUUAGUGUAAGCUUUCUUUUGCUGGGGUCUCUUGCUAUAGGAUUGGCACCAACGAGUGGCUGGAUUCCAGUUGGGGUUUCUAUUUUUGCCGCAGGCUUCGGUUCUCGCAUCUCAACACUCUCCCUAAUAUCCCAUUUCAUCCCCGCCUCCUCCCUCGCCACCCUCUACGCUUCCAUAGCCGUGCUCGAAAACAUCGGCCACGCUAUCAAUGACCCUUCUAUGCAACAUAUAUUUGCCGCCACUUUACAUCUACCGUCUUUUUGGCACGCCUUACCUUUCUUCGUUGCUGCUAUAUGUUAUUUCCUAGCAGUUAUAUCCACAAUCUUCAUAAAUAUUGAUACUGAUGAGUUGAAAACAAGAGAUAAUGGGGUGGAGGAAUGA